AUGGGCGAGGGCGAAGAGCUUCAACCCUCUCUGGAGACGGUCAGGCAAAUCCUCCUGAAGGACACCGGCACCCCAAACCCUCCCAAUCUGGUUCCUGUCUUUGCAGAAAUACCAUCCGACCUUAUCAAACCCUCACAAGCAUACCUCAAGAUAUCGGCCUAUUCGAAGUCCGACUAUUCCUUUCUCUUCGAGAGUGCCGCUACAGAGAAAGCCGGAAGAUUUAGUUUUGUUGGCGCUGGCCCCCGCAAGAUCAUCAAGACAGGAGAAGGUCACGGCGAAUCCGUCGAUCCGUUGCCUCUUCUCGAGGCGGAAUUGUCGAAGACUCGGGUCGCACAUGUACCAAAGCUGAACUUGCCGCCCUUGACUGGCGGAGCCAUUGGAUAUGUGGGAUACGACUGCGUACGAUACUUCGAACCCAAGACGGCCAGACCCAUGGAAGAUGUACUUAAAGUACCCGAGUCACUUUUCAUGCUGUUCGAUACCAUUGUGUCUUUUGAUGGGUUCUUUGAGAAGAUCAAGGUGAUCACAUAUCUGAAAGUUCCGAAUGACUUGUCCAAGCUCGAAGAAGCCUAUGAGCAAGCAGGCAAGACCAUCAACGAGAUUGUGGAUGUCUUGCUGAACGAGAAACUACCUCUCCCUGAGCAGCCCCCAAUCAAGUUGGGUCAAAAGGCUACUUCCAAUAUUGGACAAGCUGGCUACGAGAAGCACGUCACAGAUCUGAAGAAACAUAUCAUUGCUGGUGAUAUCAUUCAGGCUGUCCCUUCUCAACGAUUCUCACGCCCUACCUCCCUCCACCCUUUUAAUAUAUACCGACAUCUCCGGACUGUGAAUCCAUCUCCGUACCUAUUUUACAUCAACUGCGCAGACUUCCAAAUUGUUGGUGCCUCACCUGAACUUCUUGUGAAGAAAGAAGAAGGUCGUGUCAUAACUCAUCCGAUCGCUGGAACGGUGAAAAGAGGGGAGACCCCCGAAGAAGAUGAAGCGCUUGCUGAAGAACUUAGGCAGUCGCUCAAGGAUAGGGCUGAACACGUCAUGCUGGUAGACCUUGCAAGGAACGACAUCAACCGUGUCUGCGAUCCUUUGACCACUAAAGUUGAUCGAUUAAUGGUUGUGCAGAAGUUCAGCCACGUGCAACAUUUGGUAUCCCAAGUCUCUGGAGUACUGAGGAAGGGGAUGACUAGAUUCGAUGCCUUCAGAUCCAUAUUCCCUGCCGGUACUGUCUCUGGGGCUCCAAAAGUCAAGGCAAUGGAACUCAUUGCAGAACUGGAGAAGGAGAAGCGUGGGGUCUAUGCUGGGGCUGUCGGGUACUUUGGAUAUGCCUCUGUUGAUGCAGAUGGCAAUGAGGUCGAGGGUGAGAUGGAUACAUGCAUUGCACUAAGGACGAUGGUCGUGAAGGACGGCGUCGCAUAUUUACAAGCUGGCGGUGGAAUCGUCUUUGACUCGGACCCUUACGAUGAAUACAUUGAGACGAUCAACAAACUCAAGUCAAACUCGACGACACUCGAAAAGGCUGAGCAACGCUACUCAAAAAUGCAGUCCAAAGACAAGACCAAUGGAGCCAUGAAAGCAGCCCAUAUCGAUCUAGCGGCUGAUAAUUCUUGA